AUGAUCGGCUCCUCCACAUCACUCCUGGCGAUGAUUGGAGAGGACAUCCUUCUGCCUUGCCACAUCGUACCUGGGACUGAUAUCAGAGCUAUGACCUUAGAGUGGGCUAGACUCGACCUGAAUCCCAGAUUUGUCCAUUUGAGACGCGACGGCGUGGAAUUUCUGAUCAAUCAGAAUCCAUCCUACGUGGGCAGAACGUCAUUGUCCACUGACAAACUGCAGCAUGGAGACAUGUCACUGAUGCUGUCCAAAGUCAAACUGUCUGAUGAGGGAGAGUACAGGUGCCACAUUCCAGGACAGGAGACCUUGUUUGUUGAACUUGUUGUUGGCUCUGUUUCCUCUCCUGUUAUCAUCAUAAAGGAGAUUACUGACAAGGAGUUGUUGUUAGAGUGUGAGUCUAAAGGCUGGUAUCCAGAGCCUGAAGUGUUGUGGCUGGACCAUGAGGGGAAAGACCUCUCUGCUGGACCUACAGAGACCAUCAGAGGUCCUGAUGGUCUCUACUCUGUCAGCAGCAGAGUGACUGUGGAGAUGAGACACAGUGACAUCCUCACCUGUAGAGUCCAUCAGAGGAACAUCACCCAGACCAGAGAGACUAGAGUCCAAUUUCAAGAUGAAGCACCAGUGGCACCACCCAGUUCUGCUGCUCGUAUAACCAUGAUCUUCUUCGUUUGCUUCAUGGCACUUUCAGUGGUUUUAUUUGUUCUUUGGAAACUAAGACAACAGAGAGGAAAUGACUGGGUGCAGUGCAGCAGUGAAACCCCAGGAGGAAGAGGAGAAGAAGAGCAGUUUGUUGAAGAAAGUAAAAAUAUGAAGGGUCUGGAAGAUAAGUUACAGGAGAAGGAGCAAGAAAAGAAUGACAUGCAACAUGUGAUUUCAAUAAUGGAGGAACAGAAGACAGAACUGGAGAUCUCAAAAGCAACACACAUAUCAAAGCUGGAGAAAGUGGAGAAAGAGUGGAGAGAGAACGAGAAGAAACUUAAUAAUGACAAAAUGUUUCAGCUUAAAGAAGGACGAUCCCCCAAACUUCAGCUCAGCUUCAGCAGCAUUGUGAUUGUCAUUCACACUGCUGGCCUGCUUCUGCUAACACAAUCCUCUGAAGGUCAGUAUCAGGUGGUCAGUCCUCUUCAGCCAGUAUUUACAAUAACUGGUGAUGACAUCUUCCUGCCCUGUCAUCUGGAACCUGCUAUAGAUGCUGUUUCUAUGGCUGUGGAGUGGACUAAGAUGGACAUGUACCCCAGAUUUGUUCAUGUUAGACGGGGCGGUCAGGACCUGCUGGAUGGCCAGAACCCCAAAUAUGAGGGGAGAACAUCUCUGUCCAUGAACAAACUGAAGCUCGGUGACGUCUCACUAAAACUCUCCAAAGUGAAAAUCUCUGAUGCAGGAACGUACAAAUGCCUCAUCCCUGGAAUUAACAGAGAUGCUUUUAUUCGGCUUGUUGUUGGUGCUGUCUCCUCACCUGUCAUAUCUGGUAUCAAAAGAAGCACGGGUGGACUGGAGCUGCAGUGUGAGUCUAAAGGCUGGUAUCCAGAGCCUGAGGUGUUCUGGCUGGAUGAUAAUGGAAACCACCUCUCUGCUGGACCUACAAAGACCUUCAGAGGUCCUGAUGGUCUCUAUACGGUCAGCAGCAGAGUGACUGUGGAGAAGAGAGAGAGCAUCAUGUUCACCUGUAGAGUCCAUCAGGGGAACAUCACCCAGACCAGAGAGACAAGAAUCCAAAUUCAAGAUGAUGUAUUCCCGACAAAGUCUAACUGUAUCGCUCGUAUCCUUGCGGUCUCGUUGGCUGGGGUCCUACUUUUUUCAGUAGUUUUCUUCCUUCUGUGGAAACUGAAACAAAAGAAAGACAAAAAAAAGGUGCACCGUGGACAAAACCGUAAGAACAGGAAGCGUCUGGAUGAUGAGUUACAGGAGGAAGAGCCUGGUGUACUAGAUCUGAUUUCGAUAUUGGAGGAACAUGAAAAAGAACUGAAGAGAAACAUGGUGGUGCAGGAUGGAGGCCUCUGUGGAAGGGGCCCUGCUCCUAUGUAA